UGAGGACAGCGAAGACGACGAGGACGACGAGGAUGACGAGGAAGAUUAUGAUGACGAUGAUGGUGAUGAUGAUGGAUACGAUGAUAAAAAUGAAAAUGAGACUGGGGACGACAACGGAGACGAAAAUGAUCAGGAUGAGACCGAUAAGGAUGACACUGGUUUUGAAAAGGAGGAGGAACCUGAACAAAUUGAUAUUCGUCUACCCUCUGAAGGUUCGCUGUCGGUCUCCGAACAGCACAGGCAUUCUCAUAUCAAGCAAAAGCGCGACAAGACCCCUGCACUUGUCGUGACGGACUCCGAGACUGGCAAAGGUGACAACGAUGGCCAAGAUGACCACAAAGAUACCGACUCCGAUGACAGUAGAUCUGACAGCUCCUGUAUCGACUCAUUUGUGAACUACGCGCUUCAGUUCCGUGAACGCUGCACGGUCCAGUGCCUCCGGGAGAUGGCCCAUAUCUUUUCAAAUCCAAAUGUCCUUGGCAUGUUAAGCUGCUAUGGAUGCAGCAGCUUCCUGGUUCAGGGUACCUAUGUUCUCGGUGCCGACUGUGCACCUGUUUUUAGCACUCCCUCACCAUCCCAAAAGAUAAAUGCAGAUGGCAAGUCCGGCAAUGACACAGUAACAGCGAUCCCAACGAACGCGAAACUUGGCGAUCUACAGAAGGAUGUGCACCCUGCGGACGCACAGCUAUUCCCGUUAAACUUUGGAGACAUGAUGAAAGGUCUUCGCAAUAUUGACAUGAAGGAGCUUCAGGAUUGGUUCGAUAUUGGACAAGGUCUUGUCAACGUCGUCCAAACCAACAACAUCGCGGCAAGUGCAAAGAACAGCACAAUGACAAGCAGGGUGAAACUGGAGAUGGAGGAGGAACGACAGAAGGCUGAUAAGGGCCUGUUCAACAUGUUUGUGAGCAAGGCUGCAGGUUUCGCCAACUGGAUUCUUACGCCUGAAAUGGUCGAGGGUACCGGAGCCUUUGACAGACUCAACAAUUCGAAGAUUCUGUAAACGAGAGAACGCCUGAUAAAUAUGGUGGCAUUCUUCAUACAUUCACUCGUCGUCAUCCGCUUUCUUUUUUACACACCCCUAAUAAACCAAUUUCUUC